AUGGCAGACGCAACCCCCUACCCCCGCCCCGAUCACCACCGUCCCAACCUCCGGUGGCAGUCCCUCAACGGACCAUGGUCGUUCCUCUUUGACGAUGACGACGUCGGCCUCACCCAGACAUGGCACAAGACCGGUCUGCCUGCGUCCGUCGCGCUGAGCGCCCCGGCCGCCGCGGCCCAGACCAAAUCGGCGACGGCGGCCGAGGGCGACUCCAUCACCCAGCGCAUCGCCGCCGGCACCCAGGACCUGCUGGCCAACAACGUCUUUGCCCGCGCCGACGCCCAGACGCACGAGAAGCGCACCAUCACCGUGCCCUUUGCCUUCCAGACGCCGGCGUCGGGCAUCAACGACAGGGGCGUCCACGAGGUGCUGUGGUACGAGCGCGCCGUCGCCGACCCGCGCACGGCCGAAGACCGGGCCGCGGGCCAGAGGGUCCUGCUGCGGUUCGGCGCCGUGGACUACGAGGCCACCGUGUGGAUUGACGGCCACUUUGUCGGCGGCCACCGCGGCGGACAUGUGCCCUUUGCGCUGGAUGUCUCGGACGCGCUGCGGGAGGGCGGCCCUCGCCGGCUUACGGUUCGCGUGUUUGACUCGGCAUACGACCUGACGCAGCCGCGUGGCAAGCAGUAUUGGGGCCCCAAGCCGGAGAGCAUCUUCUACACGCCGUCCGGGGGCAUCUGGCAGUCUGUCUGGGUUGAGGUUGUGCCGCCGGCGCGCAUUGCUGAUAGCAGUGCUGGGACUGUGAUUCGGUCGAAUGACAUUGAGACGGGGACGCUGCGGAGCAAUGUGACGGUCCUCGGUCGUCGUGUCGGGCAGGCGCUCGAGGUCGAGAUGGAGGCCAGUCUUGCCGGUGUGCCUGUUGCGACGUCAGAGCGCAGGGCCCUUUCGAAGGAGUCGAAUGCCGUCGCUGUCGAGCUGGACCUUCGUCUGUCAGAGGCGAAACGCAAGCAACUGCCGCCCGCUUUCCUUGUUGGGGCGCCCUUCGAGGAUGGUGCUGCCUGGCGCGAGGGCCUCGCUCUCUGGUCGCCGGAGCACCCUUCCCUCUACGACCUCACUCUCCGCCUGUACGACUCUGCCGGUGCGGUUCUCGACGAAGUCGCCACCACGACGGGCAUGCGGUCCAUCGCGUGGGCACAGAACGACGGCCACUGGCGGCUCAACGGACGGCCGUACUUCCAGGCGCUGUGUCUCGACCAGGGCUACUGGCCCGAGACGCUCAUGACGCCGCCUUCACAGGAGAGCCUCAAGGAGGACAUCUUGCUGGCGAAGCGCAUGGGGCUCAACGGGUGUCGCAAGCACCAAAAGGUCGAGGACCCCGUCUUCUACUACUGGGCCGAUCGCCUGGGCUACCUGGUCUGGGGCGAGAUGGCCAAUGCCUACCAGUUCAGCGCUGCGUACAUGGAACGGUUCGACGAAGAGUGGGCCGCGAGCGUGCGGCUGGCGGUCAACCACCCUUCCGUCGUGACGUGGACGCCCGUCAACGAGAGCUGGGGAUACCCGUCGCUCAAGGACAGCACGGAGCAGCGGGACCACAUCCGCUCGCUGUACUACCUCACCAAGACGCUGGACCCGACGAGAAGCAUCAACGAUAACUGCGGCUGGGAGCACGUCAUGACGGAUCUCACGACCUUUCACGACUACGCCGACGGGCCGCAGCUCGCCGCGAAUUGCGCGACCAUGGACAAGAUCCUCGACACCAAGGCCGGGCGCGCCAUGUUUGUGCCGGCCGUCGCCGGUGACGCCGGCUCCCAACACAAGCAGGGUGCGCCCGUCAUGUGCACCGAGUUUGGCGGCGUCAACAUUGCGGCGGCCAAGGGCAAGGAGGGCGACGACAGGGACUGGGGGUACACGACGGCGGCCGAUCCGGAGGACUUGCUCAAGAGAAUUGAGAGGCUCGUGCGGGGCGUGGUCGAAGGGGGCCACUGCUGCGCGUUUGUGUACACGCAGCUCGCUGACAUUGAGCAGGAGACGAAUGGGCUCUACACGUUUGACCGCAAGGAAAAGCUCGACGCCGCGAAGGUCAAGGCGCUCAUUGAAGAGGCGCUGAAGGCGUUCUAUGCGAGGGUCGAGGGGCAGUAA